UAGGACAGUCCACGGCUCGAACCCAUAAAUCCUCAGCACCGACCCAACAACAAAUGGUAAUAUCAACAACGAUAAACUACGACACAGCACCCCGUUAUCACAACUCUCUCCCCGCUGCCCCAGACGCUCCGGUGUGUGCCGGGACGGGGCGGGAGAGGACCAAGGGGGUGGCCCGCGGCUCCACAGCGUCCAUCAAGUGCCUGGUGGAGGCAGAGCCCGCUGAGGACAUCACGUGGUCGUGGGUCAGGAAGGGAGUGGACGGCACGAUGGAGGAGCUGCCCAACGAGGAUGUGCGGGUCGAUGGCUUGUCCUCCAGCAUCAUCGUCACGCCCACCACGCCCGAAGACUAUGGACGCUUCCUCUGCCGCGCCGCCAACAGCAUUGGGCGGCAGCGCGAGGCCUGUGUGAUGACCCUUGUUCCCGUGGGGCCGCCAGACACGCCCACAAACUGCUCUGUGUCCCCGGCAGACCCCAGCACGGUGCACGCCAGCCCCACCACCGCCGCCCUCACGGUCACCUGCUUCGAGGGCUUUGACGGCGGCCUCCCGCAGUACUUCACGCUGGAGACGUGGCAGGACAACGAUCUCGUCGCCAACAUGACCAGGUGAGAACGACACACCUGGCUCACUUCACACCUCAGGCGAUCACAGCAUGGAAAGAAUCACU